CCAGCCGCAAAAACAUCUUGACAUUGUUUUGAUUUCAUUAUAAUUUUUAGUCUUAUCAAGUAGCAAAGCUCUUGAAGAAAGCCGCCUCAGACUAAUACUCCUAUCAGAAUUCGGCAAUUUAUUGUUGAUUCAUUGAUAUUUAUCAGAGAUAAAGCAAGCAGUUAAUGACCCAUAACAGUAUUUAUAAACAUAUCACUAUACAAAGUCUUUGUUCAUAUGACGUCAUGUUUAUUUGGAGAAGUACAUGUAGAAGUAUGGCGCACGGGUGCUUAAAAACUACACAGACUACAAAGAUUUUGGACAACAUUGUGUGUAUGCAAUUGCCUUGUAAGACAAAUUAUGCCUUUAGAUCAGUUCUUCCUAAAAUUUGCCUGGUGUUUGAUUAUAAUAAUAUGAAUUGCCAUAAAAGCCCAUUUAUUCAGAGCGAUGAGAAAGCCAUUUUUUUGUUUCCUCUCAGCUCUUUCAGACUUUUUCAUUUUUGGAGUUUUCUUUGCGACCCUAACCUGGUUGAAACCAUCAAGUUAGAUACAUCAAAUAAAAUCGUAUGCUAAUGUUCUCUAUUUGCUCCUUCUAUUUCAGCCAUCUAUUCAUGAUGUUUUUUUGCUGUCAUCAAAUAAGUGGAAGAAGCUCUACUUUAUUCCAGUCAGUUCAAAAAGUUGAAAGUAAAGCUGGACAACAAAGUUCAGAAGCUGAAUUGACGCAAUURGACAACUACAGAAAUGGUGGACUUCUUGGCGGACUCGUGAAUGUGGAGCCCCUCUCUGGAAGCAUGUAUGCACUGGGCGAGGACUCGCUCCGCAACGGAUCAAAAGGAAAAUUCAUCCUAAAAGAGGAAUCUAGAAAAAGAAAACAUUUGGUUAGCAGAAAAGGACUUCUGCUCUCUUUACUGGCUUUCUUUGUUAUACUUUCUUUGAUACUAAGUGGAUUGUUGGCUUGGGUUGCGUUGAGAAAGAGAGAAGGAACUCGUUUUAUCAAGAAAGCACACAAAGAUGUCAAGAUGUGCAAAUUCAUGGCCGACCCUGUAAACUUUAGAACACUACCUUUAAAUGUGAAGAAACAACUUGAAGACUUGGAUAGAUUUAUAAAGAGAGAAAUUGAGAAAAGGCAAGCGACAGCCUUGAGUGCGAAUCUUGUGUAUCUGGACAAAGUAAUUUGGGAAGGGGGAUUUGGUGUCAUGAAUCCAAAUAACAGCACUAGCGAAUCUCCUACCUCAAGGACAAUUUAUCCAUGCGCAAGUCUAACAAAGAUCCUCACGUCCUUAAUGCUUUUCAAACUGCACAGCAAAGGUCUAAUACCAUCAUUGGACAUUCCCAUCAAUUACUAUGAGCCUGAAUUCUCCAUAAGAAAUCCUUAUCAAAGUAACAUGACAUUAAGAGACAUUGCAUCUCAACGCUCUGGUUUACAAAGAGAGGCACCAUGCUACCCAGCAACUCCUACUAAUUUAUGCCCUUAUAACUACUCUACCAUGCUUCGAAGAAUAAGCAAGCUAACAUUACUAAGAAGACCAGGCACCGAACCACAAUAUAGCAACUUAGGUUGGUCCUUGCUUGGCCAGAUAUUAGCGAAAGCCUUUGGACGAGGGGKAGAUUACAAAACAUGGAUGAAUCAAUCUUUAUUAGAGCCAUUGGGCAUGAAGAACUCAAGAUUUACCCUUACCAAAACUGAGCUUUCUGCCCUUCCAAAGACAACAUCAUCUAAUAACAUCAUGGACUGGGGAUGGCUGGUUCCUUCAGGAGAUUUUGUAUUUCCCGAUGGUACAACAAUGACAGGCAUGCCAUGGGAAAUCACUUUUCAAAGGGGUCGAAUGAUAAGAGGAAAAACAGCUUCUGUUUAUGGUUAUAGCUCGUAUGUAGCUGUCGUUCCCGAAAUGAAACUGGCAUUCAAUUUUAUGUGUACUGACUGCAUUAAAGGACUAGACGACUCACUUCAAGAAUAUAUCAAGAAAAUAAUAGUAACUAUGGACGAAGCAAUCGAAAAAGCAUCMCUAAAGAUAUAUCAUCUACCAAAGGACACGCGGSCAUACAUAGGGACUUUCAAUUCUGAUAGCAAUCUCCCUAUUCCUCUUCAGAUGAAAAUACGUUUAAAUUCGGAUGAUAAACUAGCCAUAUCAAUAAACGGAAAAGAUGAUAUAUUUUUCUUGAAUUAUACAAAGCCUCAAAUCUUCAGAAUGCAUCUUAAUCCUCGUCACUCAUGCGAUGAACUUUWUACUUUUGGAGUAGAAGACGAUUUGGUGUUGUUCGAUAGAKCUUCGUUAAUCACCGGUUUAUCAGAGGGAUUCACUAUGUACAAUGCACACCCGAGUGGUAGGACAUACUUUGGUCGUAAACAUUAAGAAUAUUUAUGUUAUAUAACUAGAUGUAUAAUUCAUACAGAGAUACAAGGAUGUGAAGAUAUUAGAGAAACACAACACAAGAACAAACAUUAUUGGUAUUUAUUACACGAAUAUUAUUGAUAUUAUUAACAGCAUAACCUUAAACAAAAAGAAGAAAUCUUGGAAAUAACAUCUGCGAUAGGAAUUUGGAAACUCAAUUCAUGCAAUUAAAAAGAUUUCACGAAGUUUAUGAAAAAUACAUGUAAAGUAAAAACCCUAGGAAGAAAACAUAAAUGAGUUUAUAUAUUGAUACUCAAUUGGUUAUAAAUGCGAACAAUAAACUUCCAUUUGAUUGUA